AGAAGAAGCGGCAGCGUGGGUCAGAGUUGAACCCGGUGAAAACAUGGUUGAACACGGGGACAUCCGCGUGGUUCACCGUGGAGGGAGUAAAAUAAACUUCAGAGAGCCUGUCAUAACCAGCGAUUCAAGGUUCCUGCUGUGUGCCUCAGGUGAGUGUGUGAAGGUGUUCAGCUCCUCCACUGAGGAGUGCAUCCACGACCUGCGAGGACACACCGACCUGGUGACAGGUGUGCUGCUCAAACCCUCCAACCACCUGCAGGUCUACUCGUGCUCAGCAGAUGGCACCGUCAGACUUUGGGACUUCACAGACGGCAUCCUAAUUAAGACUUACGUCAUUGGAUACCCGAUCUACUCCAUCCACGCUUCUGCAAAACAUGAAGGAGUCAUCUUUGUUGUUACAGCCACGGUAUCUGACAAAAGAACAGAGUCGUUCCAGCUGGUUGCAGUACAUCUGCCACAGAGUGGAGAUCAGCUGGUGGAGGCCCGAGAGCUUUCUGCUGUGCUCAGCAACGUCAGCUCCAACCCAGCGGCCAUCGACUUCGGCAGAGGGGGGGAAUAUAUCGCUUCAGCUUCAGGUUUGCUGCUGGAGGUCUUCUUUUUUAAGAAGCAGAAGGCUUACAGGUUUUCCCUCAAAGAAGACAACAAGAAAGGAGGAAAGAACACGUUCAUGUGCAUUUCUUGUCACCCAAAAGAUGACUGCAUCGCCACUGGACAUGAAGACGGCAAGAUUCGCUUAUGGAGAAACUUCAACCAUCAGAAGGAGUACACGUACACCACGCUGCACUGGCACCACAACGCUGUCAGCUCGUUGUGCUUCACCCCUGAAGGCACAAACCUGUUGAGCGGAGGCAUCGAGUCGGUGCUCGUCCAGUGGAGAUACAAUCAAGAGAGUCAGAAAGACUUCCUGCCCCGUCUGGGCGCCGCCAUCACACACAUCUCUGUCUCACCUGAUGGAGAGCUCUUCUGCACCUCCCACAGCGACAACAAGAUCACGAUCAUCCAGAGCUGUGUUAAAGUCUCAGCUGUGAUCCAGGGUCUGGUCAAAGGAGAAAAUGUGAAGACAGACCUGAUGGUGGACCCUCGCAGUAAAUCCCUGGUGCUGAAUGGAAAACCAGGACACCUGCAGUUUUACUCGCUCCAGAGAGACAAACUGCUCUACAACUUGGACAUCGUGCAGCAGGAGUUCAUUCAUGAGUUGGGUCUGCAGCAGUUUGAGGUGGUCAAUGCGGCCUUCGAUGCCUCGGGCAGCUGGUUGGCAACAGUGGAAGAGAGAAAGCAGAAAGACACUGAGCUGGAGCUGAAUCUGAAGCUGUGGGCUUUUGAUGAACAAACACAGAGUUUUGUGCUGAACACAACCAUCUCAGCCCCCCACGAGGACCGGAUUACAGACAUGUGCUUAUGCCACGCAGACGAAAGUCAGACCACCGUGCUGGUCUCCACCAGCAAAGAUGGACACUUCAAAGCCUGGCAGCUCGCUGCAGCGGCCCACACAGAAGCAGAUGAAGGGCCAUCCUGGAUGUGUGAUUUCGUCGGAGCCUAUCACAGCAUGGUGCCCCAGUGCUGCUGUUUCUCCGCUGACGGGUCUCUGUUGGCCGUCAGUUUCCAGGAGGUGGUGACCGUGUGGAGCCCGGCCUCCUGGGAGCUCCUCACGACUCUGUCCCAGCCUCCAGGAGCCAUCAGGAAUCUUUGUUUUGGCCGAUUAAGCUGCUCCAAGUAUCUGCUGGGAACGACGGCCAACGACCUGCUCUGCUGCUGGAACCUCCUCACCUGCUCAUUGGAGUGGAGCACCUCGAUGGACGUCAGCCUGCUGCUGGCUGACCCGAUCUCUGAAAACAUGGCCGCCUUCUGCUGCCAGGCUGGAGCCACAGACUUGUUUUUGUUUAAGCCCAGUGAGCCUCGGCCGCUGUUUUCCCAGAAGGCUGUGUGCUCGGGGAAGGUGACUCGCGCCGUCUUCGCUCCCAGGGAGGAGAUGCUGGAGAGCUGUGAGGAGAGCAGCCAGUGGCUAAACAGAUCCCAGCUCUACUUCCUCACUCAGUACAUGGAUCUCAUGACGUUCACCACCAAAGCAGAGGAGGACAGACUGAUGGCAGCCAGCAAACAGCUUGUGAUUGAUGACACCGUCGCCAUGACACCGUUCUACCUGUUGCUGGGGAAACACCGUCAACAUGAAAAUCAGAUCACGCCGAGCGAUCCGUCUGCAGAGAGAGAACCUUUACCACAGGGCUCAGUCGCCAUCAAAGAGCUCCUCCAGACGCCGGCCCACGUCUUGCCCUCCACGUCUUUCCUCUGCUCCAUGUUUGUACGCUCUCUGCUCAUCUCUGUCAAAGACACCAGCGCGGAAAGCAAACAGGCCGAGGAGGAAAUGGAGAGUGAGAAAGAGGAAGAAGAUUCAGAGGGGGAAAUGGAAACCAGCAGCUCGAGGCUGACGCAGCAGACAUCUGUGGGAGUCGGAGUCACAGAGUCUGCAGAUUCCCCCGCUCUGACAAAAGCUCAGGUUAGAGAACUGAGGAGGGUGAGGAAACUGGAUCACAGCUGGAUCACAGGCCUGCUGGACCCCUGAGCAUGACACCUGUACAAAGACAGACACUCACCGAUACAGUGCAUGGAGAGAGUCUUCAUCACAUUCAUGGAUUUUGAUUGUUUUCAUUUUACACCAUGAUGUCAGAAUGGAAAAAUAUGUUAACCAAAUUUGGCAGAAAUUACAUCUUGAGUCAAUGAGGACCUUUUCCUCGUCAUCUGAAUAACUUAGGCCUGCUCCCGGAGACUCACUUUGUUUUGUCGCCCCUUUUUUUGUUCAGCUUUGUACUUUGUACUAAAAUAAAUAUCUUCCUGAGUCUCUAGCCCUAUUCAUAGUGCAAUUCUGCAACUAAGUCAUGACGAAUCACCGCUGUCAUUACACCUCAAGACAUUCAUAUUGAGAAGUGUGAGAUGGACGGCAAAGCUCCACACCUCAAAGACAGUACAGAGGGGGGGAGGGGGUCACUUUGUCCUGCCAUUACGCCUCCUCAACAUUCAUAUCGAAGGCGAAAUGUCACAGGGGCGUAAAUAUCAGGAAGUCUGAAUAGGCCUACAGUUCUCUCUGCAGACUGCAGCAAGAUUUCUGAGAAUUGUGCAUCAGUUCUGUGGCCUCCAUCACCUAAACUGCAACAAGCUGCAGUUUUGCUAUACAAGAUACAAUGUCCCCUUUUACUUCCUCAGGCCAAUUAGAGUUGUUAUGGUGCCAGAAACUUCAACUAAGAUAAGAUUCUAGUAAAGUCAAUACAAUAUCAAAACCUGUUUCAAUACCAGAGCAACUCAAAUAUAAGUCCUAGGCCUCUAGUAUGUGUGCUAUCUUGUCUAGAAUACAGUCAUAUUCCUGCACACGGUCUAAAUGGCACCAAUACAUUUUCAGUACGGCUCACUUGCUUUUGCUCGUGGCAGCUUUGAGUUAAAAAUAUGACUGAAGAUCUAGCUGAUGGCCUAGUGGUUAGGUCACGCCUCAUGUACUGUAUGGAGGACUUGGUUCUCCAAGUGGGCGGCUCUCUCUCCUAAUGUCAUACUCUAUCCACUGUCCUAUCAAAAUAAAGGCCAAAAAAAUGAAUCGAUAAAAAAACUGUGUUAUCCAAAAGUGUCAAAUUAAAAUAAUAAAUGUUGACAACCUUACAGUCAAAAACCGUAAACAUGAGGUUUCUGCUGCUGUGUAGCAUUUCCCGCAAUGCUUGGCAGGACAGUGAAACACAGAUUUCAUGAAGGUGUGUUUUUACCAAUGUAAAGUGUUUCACAUGUAUAAUUCUGAUUAAAAGAGUUCAGUAGGGGUCUUUGGUUUCAGACUGCAUCCCUGUUUUCUCACAGUUUGUGUCCAAAUAUUUGUAUUUUUACUUUUUGCAGGCGCAGCAACUAACAUGCUUUUAGUUGUCAUGUCAGUGCUGCAUUAGCCCGGUAACCCGUUAAUGCAUUUUAAUUGCAGCAGAGGAAUGCAGUAAAUGAGUGAGGUCAGCCGGAAACAGGUUCAAGCUGUGAGCUGGAGACAAAAUGUAAUGUUUGGGUAGAUUCUCCUCACAAUGUAAAAUGUGGAUAUAUUUCUCAGAAGGUCUCAGAAUCUAAAGCAUUUUUACUCGGUCUUGUCUCAGUCUGGGUAGACUCUGGAUUUUAAAUCGAGACCACCACUGACAGGCUAUUGCUGAAGGAAAACUCCCAUUUCUUAAAGAACAAAUCAUUUCAAUUCAUUCAUAAUUAGAUUUUUAUCCCCCGGCUACAUCCACAACCUCCUCUGUUUUACGAUCUAAGUGAGCGACACGCCCACUGCACACAAGAUGAUUUUUCAUAUGGUCUUGGUCUUGGUCUUGACUCGAUCCCGAAAUGUCUUGGAGCACACUACCUAAAUGUAUCCGCCAUGUUUUCAUUAAACACACAUUUUUAAAGUCUAACUUUAUAGAAAAUAUAACAACUGGCUGCAGCAGUGUACUUCUUGGUAUGUCACAGACUGACUCGUCACUUAUCUUCAUCUUUCUUUCUUUUUUGACCAGUGUAAAAAAACAUCUGAUUUACAAUCUUUCAAAGAUCCAGUGGUUUGUGAUGUUUACUUUCUACACUCACUGUAAGAACAUUUUUCUACACUUUUUAAAUUUUAAUAAAAUUCUGAUUUCCUUCCUUAUAA